UAAUUCUCCAUUAUUAUUAUCUCUUCCUAGUUUUGCUGAUUGUUGUCUGAAUCAAUUUUGCUCCUUCCAGUUUCAAAAGCCAAGGUCUCCCCUCCUCCAUCGCUCUUCUUCAUCUUCUCAACCUCACCCACAACAGCCGAGGAAGCGAAAAUUAUCGCAGAACAAAGAUGUCUUCUCCUAGCAAGCGGCGAGAGAUGGACUUGAUGAAACUGAUGAUGAGUGAUUACAAGGUGGAGAUGAUCAAUGAUGGAAUGCAAGAGUUUUAUGUCCAUUUCCAUGGACCUAAUGACAGUCCUUAUCAUGGUGGUGUUUGGAAAGUAAGAGUUGAACUGCCUGAUGCUUAUCCCUAUAAAUCACCCUCCAUAGGCUUUGUCAAUAAGAUCUAUCACCCAAAUGUUGAUGAGAUGUCCGGUUCAGUUUGUCUGGAUGUUAUCAAUCAAACCUGGAGCCCCAUGUUUGAUCUUGUUAAUGUGUUUGAGGUAUUUCUACCACAACUUCUCUUGUAUCCCAACCCAUCUGACCCCCUGAAUGGAGAAGCUGCAGCUUUAAUGAUGCGCGACCGAGCUGCUUAUGAACAAAGGGUUAAAGAAUACUGCGAGAAGUAUGCGAAGCCAGAAGACAUAGGAGCUGCUGCGGAAGAGAAAUCCAGCAGUGAUGAGGAGCUGAGCGAAGAUGAAUAUGAUUCCAGUGAUGAACAGGUGGCUGGUAAAGCUGACCCUUAGCCACAUAAGCCUGCUCUGUUAUUCGUUGUGUCUGUAUUUUAUCUGUACAUGAUGUUCUACUUCUAAUUAAUCCCAUCUCAAUUCUCAUGUAAUGAACUUGAUUGUUGACAAGGGGGAAAAAGUUUCCCCUUUCUCUUGGUUUCAUGUCUCUGUAAAUAAUGUACCAUUCAUUUCCUGAUGCAAUAUUUUUCUUCUCUUGAACUA